AUGGGAAUUCCUGAGAGCGUCGAGGAGCCCAAUUUAAGUCUUCUGGAGAUUGGCCAGUCGAAGGAAGAUGGGGUUAUCCAGAGAUGUGGAAGAGUCAGGCGUCGUGGUCAUGGCUGCGAGCUCUUCCUCCAUAAAGAAUUGGGUCUCAGGCGUCCGAAGACGUUAAACGCAUCAGAGCUGGUAACUCUGGAUGCACCAGUACCACAGACAAAUAAUCUACUGAAAUUCAGGUUACUCUUGUGCAAAUAUAGCCAAUUCAAUUGGUUAUUAUCAUGUCUACCAGCUCAUGGGAGCACCCGAGAUUCGAGCAAAUCCAAUGGUCACCAGAUACCAGCAAAGAGGACUGGAACUCUUCUGGAGACGUCAACAUGGACAAGCUCGUUCUCAAAACAGUCGCUGCAGCUGGUCAAGAAUAGUUCGAAGGAACUAGGAAGGACAAUGCAGCAAAAACACCUUCAAACGCUGUCACAAUUCGAUGCUUCACUGGAAUUCCAUCAAUACAACUCUGUAACGACACCAGGGAAGCAGCUGACACAUACAAGUUUCGGAUGGAAAUGGCGAAGCACCAAAUCAUGGGAAUUCUAG